GACCCAAACACGUUGACAUGGAGGAGAUAAACAGACGUCGUUGAUGUUGUGUACAUCUGAGGCGGAUGUUCAAAUUGUCGUCGAGCGCAGUUUUCCUCGUCACGUUUGUUAACCGGCUUUUUAUUUUAUUGAAGCUUCAUCUUUAAGAGAACAGCUAAUCAAUAUUUGAUUGAAUCAAUCAAAUUGGAUGAAAGUGUAUCGCAGUGUGUUUUCUGCUCAUCUCUAAUCCAGUGACUGACUGUCAUGUUGGAUUGCAGGAUCGUGUCAACAUGGACAGUGACCUAAGUCCCCAGGAUAAAAAAGACUUGGACAAGUUCAUCAAGUUCUUUGCCUUGAAGACUGUUCAGGUGAUAGUCCAAGCCCGACUCGGUGAGAAAAUCUGCACCCGCUCCUCCUCAUCCCCUACAGGCUCAGACUGGUUUAAUUUGGCCAUCAAAGACAUACCAGAGGUGACUCAUGAAGCCAAGAAAGCGCUGGCGGGUCAACUUCCAGGCAUCGGACGCUCCAUGUGUGUUGAGAUCUCCCUGAAGACAUCAGAAGGCGACUCAAUGGAGUUAGAGACUUGGUGCCUGGAGAUGAAUGAAAAGUGCGAUAAAGACAUCAAGGUGUCAUAUACUGUAUACAACCGACUGUCUGUGCUUCUGAAGUCUCUGCUGGCCAUCACAAGAGUAACACCGGCCUAUAAACUGUCCAGAAAGCAGGGACAUGACUAUGUCAUAUUAUACAGGAUUUAUUUUGGAGAAGUCCAGCUGAAUGGAUUAGGGGAAGGUUUUCAGACAGUGCGUGUCGGUGUCGUUGCUACCCCAGUUGGCACAGUCACACUUUCAUGUGCCUAUCGCACCAACCUGGCAUUCAUGUCUAACAGAAUUGUCGUCCUCGGCAGGCAGUUUGAGCGAUCCGCUCCGAUCAUGGGCAUCAUUGUGGAUCACUUUGUGGAUCCUCCCUGCAGCAGCCAGCGUCCUGCAAAUAUGGGUCAGCCCUGCAACUACAGAGCUCCAGAUGAUGAGGAUGGAGGACCAUAUGCAGGAGUUCAGGAUUCACAGGAGGUCUGCACCACCUCCUUCUCCACCUCCCCUCCCUCUCAGUGUGUGUGCACACUGAGUCCCUCUCCCUCUAAACUGCCCAAGCCCCUCCCUCUGGACAGUCUGCAGCUUCCAUUGGCUCCUGGACUUGUCACUCACACUCUUUAUGCUUCCAGAUUAUCCUACCAUCCUCCAACUCUAGCGGGAGCUGCUGAUCUUUGUCACCCCGCUGCCAAUCCAAACCAGGUAUUGCAUGCUGUGAGGGAGGGCGGGGUUGUGCUGGUUCCUGCCUAUCCUCAUGGAACAGACACCCACCUGACAGUCAAGCACGCCCCCAACACGCCUGGCAGCAGCGGCGAUGAUGACGGCCUGUUGCACAGCGAUGAAGGGAGGAGGAGUGUUUCUCCCUCCGACCCGGUGGAGUCUCUCAACGCGUUCACGAGGAAAGUCGGAGCCUUUGUCAGUAAACCCGCCACACAGUUAACAGCAGCCAGUCUGGACCUGCCAUUUGCUGCUUUCGCUCCUCGAGGCCUGGACUCGGAGGAGAAUGAUCCCAUGGUGCAGCCGCCAGACUCUCCUCCCUGUCCGUCCCCCCUGCAGGCCAGCCUUCACUCUCAGGGCUCAGAGGGAUCAGGGCAGCAGGACGAUUUCGUUAUGGUCGACUUUAGACCUGCCUUUUCUAAAGACGACUUGUUGCCGAUGGAUUUGGGCACCUUCUACAGAGAGUUUCAAAAUCCUCCACAACUGGCCAGUCUCUCACUACACAUCAGCUCGCAGUCGAUGGCCGAUGACCUGGACUCGCUGCCCGAGAAACUGGCCGUCUAUGAGAAAAACAUCGACGAGUUUGACGCUUUUGUGGACAUGCUCCAGUAGAAGAAGAAGAAGAAGAAGAGGAGGAGGAGGAAGGAAGAGGCCGGUGGGAGAGGACUGCAUUCGAGAACGGAUGAAAUAGAUAAGGACACAAAAUUAAGGGAGAAGCACACUGGAGGCUCUGUAGUUGUUUGUCCUAAAUCACCAUGUUUUAAUGUGAAGCACCUCAUUUCCUCUCAACUUCCUGUUCAGCACGCUCACCACCUUUUCACUGUAAAUACUGUAUUAUUUCCUCUGACACUGGCACCCUCUCCUCUCACUCUGGUUGUGUUAAUUCAAACUGAAAAUCUUCUGUGUGGUACAAAACAUGGGUUUUUGUCACUUUAGACAGCCAUGACAUUCAAGGACAGACGGCUGUAGUUCACUGUAGUCUCUACCACCCUCGAGGUUUCCUUUAAUCCGUGGCCUUUCUGAUCAUAUCCGACCUGAAAGAUGAAAUCAAAUCAUAACUAGUCUUUUAAAGAGAUUUUUUUUCUGAAAUAAUACCGUCUUAGCAGAGACAAAUUGCACUUUGGCCUCACAGUGGAUGCUUAUAAUGUGUUGAGAAAAUGAGUUUCAACAUAAACUUCAAGGCCUGACCGGAGCCUGGUGUUCCCAGCUGGACUGGGGAUUCAAACUCUCAAUGUCAGCCCCAGUAGAAUUGAAAAGUAUUCCAGACAGCCCUGGUAUGUGUCGAGAAAUCAAAUCAAUUUGUUGUGGAGCCCCGCUCAGAUGCCAGUUAAUUAAGUGCACUAGUCUAAUGCAACAGUCCUGCAAUAAAUCUUUCGAAAAGAUUAAGGUAGUCAGUUUGUGUUGAAAAGGAUUCUGUAGGUUGAGCCCUUCCCAUGAGAUGGAUGAUACCAUUUAACUGGUUUCUUGCAGGUUUCAAGAAGUCGCCUUAAAGAUGAGGUAAAGUAGCAGAGUGGAGAUUAACCCGCAAAACUUGUACAGACAUUAAUUCUGACCUGGCAGUUUACAGUCAUCAGUUCCCUGUUGGUUUUUUCGUAGUUUUAUUGCAGCGUGUUAAUAUAUAUAAGAACUACAAUACCUGGAGACAAAGUGUGAUGGAAGUAGUGUUAAAUGGACAUCAUAACUAAGACCAACCUGAGUGCAUAUAAUGUAAAAAGACUUUAAGACCCAGUUGGAAUCCUUAAUUACAAUCUAAAUGGAGGGAGGAUUUAUUGCAGGACUGUUGCCUUUGUUUUAGUUGUCUUCUAAAGUGUCAGCUCUGAAUUUACAGAAGUCUGUGCAACAUGCUUGUGUAUAUUUUGGGGAUUUUGUAAAGGGAGAGGGGGGGUUAACACACUUCCAGCUGUCUACAGAAAUACCAGGUCACCAUCCAUGACUGAGUUUGGUUGAGAGCUUUAAUUUAAACAUUGUGUCCUAAUAAAGCAUGGUUGCUCUGUUGAAACAAAUGAGGAAACUUGUUUCUCAUAAUUCUCAAAUGGAAUUUUAUUGGUGGUAUUCUGGAGUUCUCUAACAUACCUGCAGGACUGCGAAGGGUCGAAACCAUAAAGAAUAACAGUAUGGCAGCACGCAUUUUACAAAUACUCUACAAUUCAUGUUCCACCAGCUUGUCAUCUGCGCCGUUGUCAGCUACAUCUCAACUGUCUUGUCUGAGGUGGAGCUGUCCAACUCUGCUACGUGAAGGGGCAGAGAAGCGUCCAAACAUUUCAUUUCCAGUGAACAGCUGUCUGAAAGGCUACGGAGGAAAGCUUCUUAAAUCAAUGUUAACUCUUUCAAGACAACGAUGAUGUAAAUUUCCUAACUAUUUAUAUUUUCUAGAGUAAGCCAUUUAAACAAACAUGCCGUUACUUUUGAACCAUACCUUCUGAGGUCGCUUCCCCCCCCAGGUAACACGGAACAAAAAGAAAUAAAAGAAAAAUACAAAA